GGGCCGGUAGCGGCAGUUGGCGCAGGCGCAGUGAUGGUGAACGCUGGCGGUUAGCGCAGGCGCGGCUGGAGUUGAGGAGGAGCGACGGGAAGAUGAAGUUUUGAAGAAGUGUCUGUGUCCGUCUUCUCUGUGUGUCUUCAGAGUGAGCAGAGAGUUUACAAUUAAAUGUUCUGGCCUGGAAAGGCAGCACGGUGAUGGACCAGACGCAGCCGCUAUGCUGGGAGGCGGAGGAGCAGGAGGAGCCGAGAGACUGUGACCGCGAGCCCAGGGGCCGCCUCAGGGUGUUCGCAGGGAGCGAGAGACCCGAGACUGGUUUUCUGUUGUACCAAGGUGAAAACAUUAUUGGUAGACACGAGAGCUGUCAUGUCCACAUCCCCGUCUCAUCUGUGUCCAAGAGACACGCAGUGAUUGAGAUCGAUGGCGACUCCCACCUGAUUUAUGAUUGCAACAGCCUGAACAAGACCCGGCGCAAGAACGUUGUCCUCAAGCCUGACAUCCGCUACGCCAUCAACGACGGCGACCUCUUCCUUUUUGCUGACGUUGCCUGCCAGUACGUGCUGCUAUCACCACCAGCAGCACCGGCUGGAGACUCUGGUUCUGAAACUGACUCGGAGUCCCUGUUUCCCCACGCAAAGCCAGGCUCGGGGGACCAGCAGCUGGAUGACAAUGAUGCAGCCGGUGACAAUUUGGAAUCGGCAGAGGAUUCACUCAUGGUCUCGCCCACCCAACCCUACUACACCAAAUCGGUGGUGAUUGCCCUUCAGUCUGAUACCUACGUGAAGGAUUCUGAGGAUGAUGACACACCAUGGAAGUGCAGUGCACCAUUCACUGCCCGAGAUGGCCAGCAUCAGAGUGCCUUGGCACGUCAAACUCCAUCAGCGCAUGUUGUUCCCGAGAGCGAUGAAGAAGAGGGUGAGUCGUCUCAUUCCAAUCUUCAGUCAAAGCAGCUGCAUUACGACAGUGAGACUGAUCUGGAGGAAGAUCAGGAACCUGGUGAAAAAUGGACAGAACGUUGUGCUGAGCGCCUAGUCGACGGUAGCCAUGUGAAUUCUGAAAUGGCAGGCAUAGAGGAGCAGCAAGCUGAUGACACGCCUCCACUGACUAACAUUGCUGUCUCCGACUGUUUGAAGACUGUCCAAGAAAUGGACGUUCCGGAGGAGGCACUUGACCGUGAUGCCGGAAGGACGUCCACCUGGGAGUCAGGUGCCCCACCAGCUGCUAAUCAUCUACCCCAUUUCAGCCGGGACAGUGAUGAUGAAGAGGAGGACUCACUAUUAACCAGCAAUGCCUUGCUGCCGGGCACCAAAACAGAUUCCAAUCUCACCGAAGGUGUUGGCCUUCAGGUGGCAGAGGCUUCUACCUGUGACAGGGGCUUGAUCCAUCCAGGUACCAGGGAAGAAAGCAGUCACGUGGACCUCUCUGCAGAUCAUGACACAAAUUCAACAGGGGAUGCUAAAGAAACAGCAAGUGGUGUUAAUGAGAGGGAGCCACCGGAGGAGCACAGUGACACUGACAUUGAUGAUGAUAUUGAGUCAUACACUCUGGAAGCAACUCAGUGCUUCACGCUGAAUGUUUCGGUCAGCCAGGAUGAGGCAGCAAAGGAAAACAAUCACACGCCAGAUGCUGGCAUUACAGCAGGUGCUAACACUGAGGAGAAACCCACACAGUUGGUCACCUGUCAAUCUCCCACCUUCAACAAGGAGCCUUUCAAUGAUAACACUGCAGCAACAAGCAACACCGAGGAAGAUGUCACACAGCCAUUCACCUUUCGGUCUCCGACAUUCGGUAAAGACGCAUGCAAAAGUAACACUGCAGCAGCAAGCAAAACUGAGGAAGAGGCCACGCAGCUUUUCACCUUUCCAUCUCCGGCACCCUGCGAGGAGACUUCCAAAAAUAGCAGCGUGACAGUGGGUAAUACAGAGGAAGAGGCCACACAGCCAUUCACCUUUCAGUCUCCAACGUUCAGUAAAGACAUUUCAAAAGGGACAGCUGUGGCACUGAGCGAUACAGAGGAAGAGGCCACACAGCCAUUCACGGCAGAUGCUGCUAUCCAGCGUCCUGUAAUAUCUUCACCUCACUCGGAGCGCAGUGAGGGAAUACCUGAGGAUGAUCAGUGGGCUGAGGGGGAAACCCAGUCUUUCUUCUUUCAGAACCAGGUUACAGAGCUGGACCGCAGUGGAGAAGCUGAAGAAUCAGAAGGCACUGUGCCCAUCAUACCUGCUGUGGAUUCCCCAGCUCCGACUGUCCAAGACCUGGCUACCAGUCCUCCAGGGACCAAAAGGCAGAGUCUGUUGGAAGUCGGGAGCUGUAUGGGCCCUCAAGCAACACCAGAGCAGCUGCAGAGUCCUGAAGCUGGGAAGGGAGGCCACAGGCAGCAAACAAAUGAAGAGAGGAGCUCCAUGGCUUUAGGAGAACAGCAACUGGCUGAGGCCAGUGAGGACGUGGGGAAACGAGAGACCUCAGGCAGGGAGCAGGCAGCCACUCCUGACACUGAGGAGUGCAGCAACAGCAGCUUAAACUUAGCCCCCGCUCCGGCUCCGACUCUGCCGAGCAGCCAGAGAGAGACUGAGACUGGGGCUGGGGCUGAGGCAGAGAACUCUGCUGUUCCCAGAGACCAACAGCAGAACCAGGGAUCCAUAAAGCCCAGGGACUGUCAGCAACAUCAGCACAGGAAGGACCCAGAGCUAGGAUCACAGGAGGUUUCCCUGCCUUUGGAUAGGGCACAGGUCGGGCCAAGAAGGGGCAGGGGCAGGCCCAGGUCCAUCUCUGCAUCCACCACGGACAAGUGCCAAGGCCCUCCAGAGGAGGGGGAGGAACACUCUCAGGCUCCUGUAGUUAGAGGCCGCAGAGCCAAGCAGAGCUCACUGGCAGCACUCGACCAACAGGCUAGGAAUGUGGAAGAAACUCCCCGAACCGAUGGUGCAUCCCAGCAGCAGCCAGCGGGCAGAGGCAGGAGGAGAGCUGGGUCUGCACUGGGACAGGCUGGGAAUAUGGAGGAGACUGCCCAAACCGAUGGGGCAUCCCAGCAACAGCCAGUGGGCAGAGGCAGGAGGAGAGCUGGCGCCUCACCGGCAAAGCUGGCUGAGAAUGUGGAGGAGACUGCCCAAACCGAUGGUGCAUCCCAGCAGCAGCCAGCGGGCAGAGGCAGGAGGAGAGCUGGCGCCUCACCGGCAAAGCUAGCCCACAGUGUGGAGGAGACUGCCCAAACCGAUGGUGCAUCCCAGCAGCAGCCAGCGGGCAGAGGCAGGAGGAGAGCUGGCACCUCACCGGCAAAGCUGGCUGAGAAUGUGGAGGAGACUGCCCAAACCGAUGGUGCAUCCCAGCAACAGCCUGCGGGCAGAGGGAGGAGGAGAGCUGGCGCCUCACCGGCAAAGCUAGCCCACAGUGUGGAGGAGACUGCCCAAACUGAUGGUGCAUCCCAGCAGCAGCCAGCGGGCAGAGGCAGGAGGAGAGCUGGCACCUCACCGGCAAAGCUGGCUGAGAAUAUGGAGGAGACUGCCCAAACCGAUGGUGCAUCCCAGCAGCAGCCAGCGGGCAGAGGCAGGAGGAGAGCUGGCACCUCACCGGCAAAGCUGGCUGAGAAUGUGGAGGAGACUGCCCAAACCGAUAGUGCAUCCCAGCAGCAGCCAGCGGGCAGAGGCAGGAGGAGAGCUGGGUCUGCACUGGGACACAGUGAGAGUGUGGAGGAGACUGCCCAAACUGAAGGAAUAUCGCAGCAGCAGCCAGCGGGCAGAGGCAGGAGGCGAUCUGUGGCAGCACCAAUCCAGAGUGAGAAUGUGUUGGACACAUCCCAAACUGAUGGGGCACCACAGCAACAUCCAGCGGGCAGAGGCAGGAGGAGAGCUGGCACCUCACAAACAAAGCUGGCUGAGAAUGUGGAGGAGACUACCCAAACCGAUGGGGCAUCACAACAGCGCCCAGCUAGAGGCAGGAGGAGAUCUGUGGCAGCACCAAUUCAGGGUGAGAGUACGUUGGACACAUCCCAAACUGAUGGAUCAUCACAGGAGCGGCCUGCGGGCAGAGGCAGGAGGCAAGCGAGGGGAGAGGCGACAAUUCCGGCUGUCAACGUGGGGGACCUUUCCCAACCCAAUGGCUCAUUGCAACAGGGACUGACUGGGAGAGGCAAGAGGAAACAGGAAUGUGCGCAACCUUCAUUACAGGAGACGGGAUUAACGUCUGGACGUAAACGCCGCGUGCGGGGGGCUAGUCCAUCAGAGAUUGAGAAGGAAAGCAGCACCCCUCCUCAGGUUAAAACCCGGCGUACAGCAGGCCGUCUGUCCUCAGGCUCCCUGCUGGAUACUGUCCCCUCUCCGAAGGUCAUGUUCACAGGGCUGGUCGAUGAGAAUGGGGUGAAGGUGAUUAAACAGCUUGGUGGUGAGGUGGUGGAGUCAGUGCACGACAGCACACACUUAGUCACAGACCGGAUUCGCCGUACAGUCAAGUUCCUGUGUGCUGUUGCCAGAGGGAUCCCUGUGGUGACCCCGGAGUGGCUGGUAAAGUCUGGGAAGAGUAACUGCUUCCUGUCGACCAGCGGCUUUCUGGUUGAUGACAGCGACCAGGAGAAGAAGUUUAACUUCAAGCUGGCUGAGUCCCUGCAGAAAGCCAAGGAGCAGCCUCUUCUUCAGGAUUAUAGAGUCCACGUGACGUCAGGUGUUCUCCCUGAGCCAAGCCAAAUGGAGAGCAUUAUCCAGUGCAGCGGAGCGACUGUGCUGCCUAAGAUGCCACGUGUGUACAAGGCGAAAACCCUGGUGAUUUCGUGCCCAGACGACCUGCCCAAGUGCAAACCUGCCUGGGAUGCCAAGGUCCCCAUUGUCAAUGCAGAAUUCAUCCUGACCGGGACUCUGCAGCAGGUGGUGGACUUGGUGAGUUAUCGACUAGACCAGGACGUCACCGAUCAACCAGAGGGGAAGGCUAGAAAGAGGAGUUUGGCUGCAGCACAGACCACUGACAACAGGAAAAAGAAGCGUUGACUCUUUCUUUUAAAACCAGGUGUAGGAAUUUUAUUGUAGCUGUAAAUCUGUAAUGUAAUUGUAUAUUUAAAAGAAAACCUAAUGUACUGAUUAAAUUCCCAGUAGUUGGUUGAGGAGUUGUUUUUAACCACUAAGUGUAGACACCUCAGGAAUUUUUGUAGUUUUUGCAGAGGUCUUUGAGUGUCUUGUGAGGAACUAAGUUCAGUUGAAUGGUAAGGUAUUUACCAGUGUGACAGUGACGGGUGUUGCUGUACACCAGGGUUGUAGCCCUGUAAACGUUCAGUCCCAGAGAGACAUGAAGAGGGAGCUGUCACUGUGAAUACUAGGUAUAUACAUCUCCAUGCCACAGAAUUGUUUCCUUAACAAAACCUGCUACUGCCAUCUUGCUGAUCAGUGUGUCCCAUAUUUUAAGUGUAACAAAAGCUCAAUACAUUAAAGGCUUUGUAUACUUUGUAA